AUGCAUUUGAGGUAUUAUUUGAAUGAAGAGGGAAAAAGAGUUUACACCUUAAAAAACACACUUGAUGAUGGUUCAUAUACAUUUAAUGCUCAUCCUGCAAGAUUCAGUCCAGAUGAUGUUAAUUAGAAAUAUCGUGUUGAAUUGAAGAAGAGAUUUGGUUUGUUACCAACAUAAGGUGAACCUCAUUAAUUUUGAAAUGAUCAUGAUAAUAAAAUUUAUAGUUUUAUGUAAUAUCAAAUAACGAAUA